UGCCGGCAACAGUGGUGCAACCCCUAGAUGACUCCUUACCACUUCUCCCCUGGACCCCAUAGUCUGCUGUUCCUCACAACAGGUGAUUUCUUGGACCAGUUCUCUAAUUUUACAAUAAAGGACAGAGCAAAAAUGCAUCAACAUCAAAGGGCAGAAGCCACUCAGUUGAAGGAAACUGUCUUCAAACCUGGUGUGAAAGGGAGACAGGAUUCAGGACAGAACAUCAGACAGGUCACAGUUCAGAACAACUCUGAAAAACAGAAGGAAAAGAAACCUGGAGCCUGCCAGCUCACAAAGCGACUUUCUACAGUGGUGGUGAGACAGAAGCAAAUCCUGAGGAGAAGCCUUUCUGUCCAGGAUUUAAGUGCUCAUAAUAGGGUGUUCACACAAAAACAAAUGAGUUGGCCAAGAAUCUGCUGUAAAACCAUGGUGGAGUCUCAGCCCAAGAUUCCUGCAGAAUCCAGAAGGUGCUGUCAUCUCCUGAGACAAGCAUUCACACAACAAAAUGCUGCUAAUAGGAAGUCAAGCAGUUCUGGAGCAAGAGAGGGAGGCAGAUCUGCAUUUGGCACCACUGCCAACAGAGGGCAGCACUCACAGCUAUUACAAGCUCUAAGACACAGGCUGGCCCCUGAAAAUCUGGAGAAAAAGCAGUACCAACAGAUCUCAGAGUACCAGUUUAUGAUUCCAGGGAAGGCCUUUUACCAUUGCACGAGAGAAGGCAUGAAGCAGCAUCUGCGUUCCAUCUACCUAGGCCAGCCGUCAUCUCUGAAGCUGCCUAAAUCAGCUCGCCAAACAAGCUGGCCUACUCUUUGCCACAGGGAAAAGCAAAAGGUUCUCAGGAAAAAUUCAUUCAUACGUGCUCCUUACCCAAGUCCCAGCAAGGUUCUGGGAGACAGCUCCAGACUGUGCACACUCCAGACACCAUGUGGUCUCAUGGACCUGGCACAUAAGGUAGGAAAGUUAGUGCCUGUUACCAAUAGAGUUUGCACACGUCGAGAGAACCCUCCCCAGAGGAGAGCAGCAAACCAAAGCCAUGUGCAACAGAAGCAGCCAAGCACUGCACAGCUCAUCCCCUCAGCCAAGCAGCUGCAGGCCAUCACUGCAACCAAAGGCAAGAAAAACACAGAAAGACCUGCACAAGAACUGGGAAUCCAUGCCAAUCUAGUCCAGCAGCGUUCUGGCAGAAAGGCAUUAAAGUCUGUUCAAGGGAAGGUUACCAGGGCUACUGGAGGGACACUGGCAAAGGCGGAGCCCAUAAGAAUUGUAAAUGAGAAACCAGGAACUGGGAAUAGCCCAGCUGUGAUUAAAGUCACAGAACUCCACAUCAGCCAGUGCUCAGUGGAAAGAAAGAAUAUGGCUGGCAACUUACAGGAACUCCAAGAAAGCCAGGAUUGUCAAGAACCUGUGACAGCCCAUGUCAAUAAGAACAAUGUCAUUAUCAUUCCCAUGCUCAAUACUCAAAGCAUGCCUGAUGCAAGCUCAGAUACAGAAUUACUACCUAACACCUGUCUAAGCAAGUCUCCUCUUGAUGGCUCUUUAGCAGAGGAAAGAAGGCAGACAUCUCAUUCCACAACAGUUAGUCUUACGGAUCCUUCUUUCCCAUCACUACAGGAACAAUCUGCCGGAGAUCCCAAGCACUGCAGCUCCCUGGAGAAAGGUGAUGAGUGCUGCAUUUCACCUGCAGAAGCCCUGCAAGAGUCCUUAGACUCAGAGAAUGAAAAGAAUGUGUCCUCUAGAGAAGAUGACCUUUCUGUCCCCUUCCAAGAGGAGCACACAGGAAUGGACAUCCUCUUUUUAUUGUCUGAUGCUGAAGAGGAACAGUAGAAGAGGAAUAGAGAAGAAUUCUAUUGGGAAGCAGUGAGAGGAGCUUCAGCUGGGCUCCAUGAGCUGCUUGCAGGGACUGAACCUAGAAAGAUUUUUUUAAACAAACAAAAAAAAUAAAAAGAAGCAUUUAAACUAAAAACA